UGUUUUCAACGGAGGGAGACUGGUGAAGAAAAAUGGCGUCUGCAGGCGACCCAGAGCGGGACACCGGCCAUUCAGUUUGAGCUUUCCGCUCUGAAAUAGAGACUGGGCCUUGGUGGGGACCUAUCUGGAACCGUCGCCAGAUCUGUUGGUUUUUUCUUCCCCGUUUUUCUCCGGUGUGCGUGGCUCAUUCAAGCAGCGAGAUUGAAGCGGAACAGAAGAGACUCUCUCCCACAAUGAGAGGGAGAAGAGGAAGGCCGCCCAAACAAGCAGCCGUGAUGCGGGAAGGUUCACCCGGGCCAGUCCGUGGCUCUCGAGGCGGCAGGAGCAGAGGGAUGCGUGGACGGGGAAGGGGCAGAGGACGGGGACGGGGACGGGGUGGAAGUGGCGACGUUUGCGGCACUGGCUCUGUGGAGGUAGAUACAGAAAUCUCCGGUCGAGAGAACUUUCAUUCGUCCCGGGGCCGCAGGAAAGUUGGAGCCUCCACCACCGCCGCUGCCGCGGCAUCGCGGGGCAGAGGAGGCAGAGGGAGAGGCAGGGGGUCUAGAGGCGGCCGCGGCAGUAGAGGCGGAGUGAGGCGGCCUCAAACCAAGGUGGUCUACGACGACAACAGCGACGAGGAGGAUGAUAAUUUAAGCUACCGAUCAGACGAAGACGAACUCCUGAACGACAACCCUUCGUCGGGUCUUGAAGAAGAGGAGGCCUUGGGAAACGACUCUGACUAUCUGGAGGAACUACCAGAUGAUGAUGAUGCCAGCUACUGCACCGAGAGUAGUGUUAGAAGCCACAGCACACUCGGGAGCACCCCAGGCCGGAGGAGGACUCGGGCGCUGCAGCCACAGUCACCUAUUCUUGAGGCAAAGGACAUUCCUUCCUUGGAGCUUCCCAAGUCCUCUGAGGACCUCCUGGUUCCUACCUCACAGCUCCUCAAUGUGUCUGCUGUCUACGAGGUGCUCCGCAACUUUGGCACAGUUUUACGGCUCUCUCCUUUCCGUUUUGAGGAUUUCUGUGCAGCCUUGGCCAGCCAAGAACAGUGCACACUGUUGGCAGAGACCCAUAUCUCCUUGCUCAAAGCUAUUCUCAGAGAAGAGGACACCUCCAACACCACAUUUGGUCCCACUGACGUGAAGGACUCCGUUAACUCCACUCUGUAUUUUGUGGAUGGUAUGACUUGGCCAGAGGUGGUGCGGGCGUACUGUGAGAGUGACCCAGAGUACCGGCAUAUUUUGCCUUUCCAGGAAAAUGAGGAUUACCCUUACGGACCAUUGGAUAGCAAAAUUAAAGUUCUUCAGUUUUUGGUGGAUCAGUUCCUGGCAACCAACAUUGCCCGGGAGGAGCUUAUGUCAGAAGGGGUGGUUGCGUACGACGACCACUGCAGGGUGUGCCAUCGCCUUGGUGACCUGCUGUGCUGUGAGACAUGUUCAGCUGUGUACCAUCUGGAGUGUGUAAAACCACCACUGCAGGAAGUGCCAGAGGAUGAGUGGCAGUGCGAGGUGUGUGUGGCACACAAGGUACCCGGUGUGGCGGACAGCAUCCCAGAAGUCCAGAAGAGCAAACCAUUUAUUCGUCAGCUGCCAAUUGGCUACGACAGGCACCACCAUAAAUACUGGUUCUUGAACCGGCGUAUUAUCGUUGAAGAGGAUGGUGAGCAGGAGGACAAAGCCAUCUGGUACUACAGCACCAAGGUGCAGCUAGCUGAACUGAUAGAUUGCUUAGAUAAGGAGUACUGGGAGGCUGACCUGUACGCAGCCCUUGAGGAGAUAAGGGACGAGGUGCACACACAUAUGGACAUCACAGAGGACCUAACCAACAAGGCCCGUGGCAGCAACAAAUGUUUCCUCACUGCUGCAAAUGAGGAGAUCCUGGAACGAUUGCGGGCUAAGAAGGAGGAGGAGCUGGAAGAGGUGAAGAGACGAGUUGCUGAGGAGGCCAUGAAAGCGCAGUUGGAGAAGGAGAAAAGGGAGGUGGAUGUGGAGAAGGAAGAUGAAGAUGUCAAGCUGAAGGAUGAAGGACAGCAGGAGGGCAAGAUAAAAGAAUCGACAAAGGAAGAGGGGGAGCAGCGGAUAAAAGAAGAAGCUGCAAAAGAAAAAGUGGAUGAUGUUAAAACUGGAGUCGGUGAAGCUCCUUCCACUGGCCAAGAAGGCAAUAGUAGCAUCUCAGAUGGAUCCAUGCUUCCAGCAACAACUUCUCCAACUCAAACCGUCACUACGAGCUCUGGUGUGGCUGCUGAGGCUCCAAAGCCUCCGGCCUUCACAGCAGAAGCUCAGACGGAGGGAUGUUCCCAUAUGGAGGUCUCUAACGGCAAUGAAGCAGAAAACCCGCCAUCAAAUUCUGUUCCUGUCAGUGGACAUAGCAUCCCCGGCCUAAGCCAGCCUCCCCAUCCCAUUGAGGAAAACAGUAACAGCAGUACGGGAGCUUGUGUCCCUCCGAGAUGUCCUGAACCCCCAGAUUUGGCUGACAAGUCCUCCCAGUCAUCCCUGGCGAGUCUUGAUGACGCAGGAGACAGUAAAGACUCGACCAACGGUGAGGUGGCAGGUACCGGUAGUAAGAAGUCGUCAGCAACUCGCAUGGUGACCCGGCUGAGGAACCCAGACAGCAAGCUGAGCCAGCUGAAAAACCAACAGGUCGCAGCUGCUGUUCACGAAGCCAACAAGGGCUUCAAGGAGGGCAGAGAGGUACUGGUAGUAAAUGCACAAGGUGACAUCACCCGUGUCAGCACACGCAGCAGCAAAGAGGUGGUGAUGAAGGGGACCCUCAACCAAUACUUUAAGCUUGGGCAGGAGGGCAAGUACCGUAUCUAUCAUAACCAGUACAGCUCCAAUGCCCUGGCCCUCAACAAGCACCAGCACAGAGAGGACCAUGACAAGAGGCGGCAUCUCUCCCACAAAUUCUGCAUGACACCAGCAGGAGAGUUUAAGUGGAAUGGGUCUAUUUAUGGCUCUAAGGUUCUGACUAUCUCCACAUUGAGACUCACUAUCAUUCAGCUGGAGAACAAUGUUCCAGCACCAUUCAUGCACCCUAACUGGGCAUCACACAGGACCAAUUGGAUCAAAGCAGUUCAGAUGUGCAGUAAAGCCAGAGAGUUUGCACUGGCUCUGGCCAUCCUGGAGUGUGCCAUCAAACCUGUGGCUAUGCUGCCCGUCUGGAAGGACUCACUGGGUCAUACAAGGUUAAACCGCAUGACAUCCAUGGAGCGUGAGGAGAAAGAAAAAGUGAAGAAAAGGGAGAAGAAGCUGGAGGAUGAGGAGACACUGCAGCAGGCCACCUGGGUCAAGUACACCUUUCCAAUAAAGCACCAGGUGUGGAAGCAGAAAGGAGAGGAAUAUCGCGUUACGGGCUAUGGGGGUUGGAGCUGGAUCAGUAAGACUUAUGUGCCCCGGUUUGUCCCCAGACUUCCUGGAAACACCAACGCCAACUACCGCAAAGAACUGGAAGAUGCUAAACUUGGCAAGAAAUGUACCCUGCUGGACUUGAGUCGACGGCCUAGUGUAGUCACACCAGAAGCUCAGGGAGCUGCUGCCUCAAGCAGCGAAGCAACAGAUGAAGACUCCUCUGGCCUCCCCAAACCACCAACCGAUCAACAGACAUCGAAUGAGAAGACGGACGGAGAAAAGAAAGAAGAGCUGGAUGAAAAGGAAAAGGGGGAAAAUGAGGAAUUACAGGCAGAGGAAUCGCCCAUGAAGAUGGAGGUGGAUGUAACGGACUCACCGACAGAUGAAGUGCAAAGGUCCUGUAUUCAGGAGGAUAAGGCUUCUCUAAAAGAGGAGCCUAUAGAAAGUCUUCAGAGACCUUUUAACUAUGAUGUAGUGGAUGUCAGUAAAGGCUUCCUCACCCGCAUUGCCUACAAGAAGAAGGUCAAGGCUUCUAAGCUAGACAACCUACUGGAACGCAGAGUGAAGCAGCACGUCAUCGAGGAGAGGCAAAGACAGCAGGUGUCUCCAUCCAAACCCCAGGAUCCUAAAACAGUUUCAUCCACAUCGACCCCUCUAAGCACUCCGGUCCGGCCACGGUCACCACUCAAGCCCCACGCUCUCACUCAGACACAGCUCACGCUGAGUGAAGCUGUGAAAGCGGAGGAGAAAUCUUCCAUAACACAAACUCCAGUGCCAGGAGAAGUUGGAAGACAAAAAGUAGAAGGGGAGAGUCAGGAUGAACUCUCUAAAACUACAGAUAAGAUUGUCACUCGUCUUUCUUCUCCUGUUACAGACCCCACACCCAAAGACAGUAGCAAUACAGGUACAGGUGAAAAUUCAGAUUCACCACAAAACCAAACCACCUCCAAGCCCCAAAAACUGGAGGAAAAUGAAAGGACUACGGGGCAAAAAGAAGCUAGUUCAGGGCAAGAGGCUAUUAAACUGCCUGAUGUGCAAGAAACAACAGGCAGUUCUUUAGAUCAACAAGCAGCCUGUGUAGCAUCAGAUGUUACAAAGGCUGCACAUACUGAGAAUGAAGGGUCCAAGGAACCCAAAUUAAAACUGAAUGUUGAAGUGACAUUUACAAGUGUUCUUGACCAGAAAAGCAGUCAAGACACAUCUCCCUUCAAACCAAUGCAGCAAAAGACAGAAGUUUUAGGCUCGGUGCAUUCGAGCACAGAGGAAAAUGGCAUGGCGCUAGAGGAUAAUCAAGACAAUAUGCAAGACAUUGGCGAUGGUAGGACUGUAGGUGAGAGCACUCCCGAGCCAGUUUCUCCUCUCCCUCAGGUAAAUGGUAAUGAUGAUUUGGGGAGUGAAAAUGUGUUGAGUAACUCUGUGGCGAACUCAAAUAAUGGUGUGCUCAACAACAGGCCCCAGCCCAAGGUGAACAGUAUUGGGAAAGAUGAAGAACAAGGGCUUGCUGUGACACUGAAAGACACCACACAGCAAAAGCCUUUGGUGAAUGGGGACAUUGCUCCUUUAAACGAUAGUGCGGAGGUUAGAGUGAAAGAACAAUGUUCAGCUCCUAAGUUAGAGGUAGAGAGCAAGAUGACAAAUUCGGACCAAGAUUACAAACCUCCCCUGAAGAAAACAAAGCUGGAAAACAACAUAGACUCACCUGCAGCUCAUACUCAGAAUGUUCACAACAGUACGUCAUCUUUUCAGUGUGUAGAGACCAAAUCCAGUCCUGGCAUCAAGAUCAUAAGAAUGGCUCCCUCUCCUAUACCUUCAGCAGAGGAGUCGAGUCUGAGCGACGACUUUGCAGAGGAGAAUGGUAACAGUGGGUUGACAGAACCAGUCAAGACCAUCAUCACCCAGGUAACCACAACCUCCACCACCAGUACCACCACAGUAGUUUCCACUGAGAUGAGGAUAGCUAAGGCGCCAUCAAAGACAUCUGGAGAAUCGGCAGUGCCUGCGGUGUCAACAACGGAGAGCAACGUAGUGUCUACCCUUACAACCAUGACCAAAACAGUUGUGACCAAAAUCUUCCCCCCAGGGCUCGAUGGUCAGUCUGAAGACACCCAAAGUGAAAUGGUGACACAAGAGCAGAAAACAAUGCUCUCAGCUUCCGUGGGUGACUCAACUGCUGACACCAGCAGUAAAACCUCAGUGUCAUCUGUUACUGUGAGUGAGGAGGACUCGUUGUUAACAAAGGGUCGUGUGCGCCUCCUCAGAUUCUCCCGUACCAAGAAGACGCGCUCGGACACAGCUCUUCCCUCUUACUGCAAGUUUGUUACCAAGAGCAACCGGAAGAGCAUUUUUGUACUUCCACACGAUGACUUAAAGGUCUUGGCCAGGCGAGGCGGAUUCCGCGAGGUGCCAGUGUUUAGUUACAAUGCUAAGCCAGCAUCGGAUAUCUGGCCGUAUCCUUCGCCCAGGCCCACAUUUGGUGUCACCUGGAGGUAUCGGCUGCAGACGGUGAAGUCUAUGAAUGGAGUGAGCCUCAUGCUGAGGCUCCUGUGGGCCUGUCUGAGAUGGGACGACAUGGCCGUAAAACCAUCCGCUGCUGUCGGCACCACACGUACAGAGACAUCAGAUACUGAAAUCACCACCACAGAGAUCAUAAAGCGUCGUGAUGUGGGACCAUAUGGCAUCCGUUCAGAGUACUGCAUACGCAAAAUCAUCUGCCCCCUUGGAGUGCCAGAAACUCCAAAAGAAACCCACACCCCUCAGAGGAAGGGUUUGCGAUCCAGUGCCUUGCGCCCCAAGAAGCCCGAGCCUGCCAAGCAGACCGGCCCAGUGGUGAUCGAGACCUGGGUCGCAGAGGAGGAGCUGGAUCUCUGGGAGAUUAGAGCCUUCUCAGAAAGGGUGGAGAAAGAGAAAGCUCAGGCAGCUGAACAGGCCAAGAAACGUCUUGAGCAGAAACCAGGCUCAGUCACAGUAACCCCAACAGGGACUCCUGCAACACCUGUUUCCACACCCAAAGUCAUCGUUGGUUCACUCUCAGGCCAAGGCACUCCCAGCACCAAGGUGGUAUUGUCCACCAAGAUGGGGACCCCUGUCACAUUCCAGCAAAACAAGAACUUCCAGCAAUCAUUUGCCACCUGGGUGAAGCAGGGUCAAAGCACACAAGGAGCGGGCACAGAGACCACCGUGGCUACUUCUGGUGGGCACACUUUCCAGAUUACGGGAACCUCUGUUGGUGGAAAGGUUGUGACCACCAAGCUGCCACUACCUGCCAACAGCAAGAUCGUCACAGUAAACGUGCCAACUUCGCAAGGAGGUGUGGUUCAGCAGAAAGUGCUGGGUAUCAUCCCAUCCAGUACGGCAGGCAGUGCCCAAACCUACACCACAUUCCAGCCCCGCACUACCACGCUCAACAUCAGGCCCAAUACCCCAGGCUCCCAACAACAGGUUCUGGCAGGUGGCAGUCAGAUCCGUCCAGGAAUGACAAUGAUCCGAACCCCAGUCCAGCAGACAGGACCAAUGGGAAAGACGAUACUUCGAACACCUCUUGUGGUCCAACAAGGUCAGGGUGGACAGCAAGUAGUGACGCAGAUCAUUCGUGGGCAGGCAGUUUCCACGGCAAUAUCUGCCGCCAGCCCCGUCGCCACGGCCACUGGCCAGGGAGUGGCCAGUCCCAACGCCGCGGGACAGGCAGCAGGCCAAACACCGCCCGGCACCCCACGAGCACAGGGGCAAGGCCAGGUCAAGCUCACCCUGGCACAGCUCACCCAGCUCACACAGAAGCAGCAGGCCGGAUCUGGUGUGGAUCGGCAGGCCGGUGCUGGUGGUACUCAGCAGGCUCUGACAGUGAUGGUUCAGGGCCAGGGUCAGACCACUGGCCAGCUGCAGGUCAUACCUCAUGGGGUCACCGUUAUUCCAGGACCCGGUCAGCAACUCAUGCAGGCAGCACUGCCCAACGGCCAGGUGCAGCGCUUCCUCUUCACACCCUUGGCCUCAUCUGCCACACCCACAUCAAGCACCGCCACAACAGCCACCAGUCAGCCCAGCUCCACCUCAACCAAAACUCCAACCCAGCCUGCUCAGCAGGCCGUUGCCCCAAUUCAGACAGGGGCAGCCCCUCUGGCCACUACCAGUACCCCUUCAUCGGCCAGCCCUCAGGGCCAGUUACCCCCACAGACACAGGCCCAUAUGCCCAUCCAGUCUCCCACCUCGCUGCAGGUUAAAACACAGGAAGGAACCACCCAGCUGCAACUACAGCAGACGUCACACGUCAUUAGUGUGUCUGGACUGCAGCAGCAGGUGUUGGCCCAGCUGCAGGCCCAGCAGGUUGGAGGCACUCUGCCACCACACAUCAAACUGCAGCUUCCUAUCCAGAUACAACAGAGCGGGACCACCUCAGCUCAGGGAGGACAGAUUGGAAAUGUGGUUACCAUCCAGACCGCAUCUGUCCAAGAGCAACUGCAGAGAAUCCAGCAGCUCAGAGAGCAGCAGCAGCAGAAGAAGAAACAAGCUGCAGAAGCAAAGAGAGAGUUAGCACUCAGCGCAGCCAGCCAGAGCGACAUCAUUCAGAAACAGGUGGUCAUGAAGCAAAAUGCUGUGAUCGAGCACCUGAAGCAGAAGAAAACCAUGACGCCUGCAGAGAGGGAAGAGAAUCAGAGGAUGAUUGUGUGCAACCAGGUGAUGAAGUUCAUCCUAGACCGGAUAGAUAAAGACGAGAGGCAGGCAGCCAAGAGGAGGAAGAAGGAAGAGGUAGUGGAGGCCAAGAGGAGGUUAGCCAAUGCCAGUAAGCUCUCUUCGCUUCUUUACCGACACAAAGAGAGCCUCAAGAUGGAGAUUCUGAAGAAACGGGCACUUCUUGACAAGGAGCUGCAGCUAGAGGCCCAGGAGGAGCUGAAAAGGGACCUGCUGCGGAUGCGAAGGGAGAAGGAAAGGGCUCAGGCUGCAGCCCAACAGGCAGCCCAGGCUGCAGCCGCCGCUGCUGCAGCUGCUACCCACAACCAGCAACAGCAAAAUCUGUCACAUAUCACCUCUCAGCACCACCUUAGCACGACUGUUGGCUCCACACACAAGAGGAAACGAGAAGAGGAGAGGGAGAUGGCAACGUCAGCCAAGUCCAAGAAGAAGAAAAUGAUCUCUACAACGAGUACAAAGGAGAGCAAGAAGGACACCAAGCUCUACUGCAUCUGCAAGACGCCUUACGACGAAACCAAGUUCUAUAUUGGCUGUGACCUGUGUACCAACUGGUAUCACGGAGACUGUGUGGGCAUCACAGAAAAGGAGGCCAAGAAAAUGGACGACUAUAUCUGUGUGGAGUGUAAACGGGGCCAGGAGAGCAAAACAGAGGAGCUGUACUGCAUCUGUCAGACACCAUAUGACGAGUCCCAGUUUUACAUUGGCUGUGAUCGAUGUCAGAACUGGUACCACGGUCGCUGUGUGGGAAUCCUGCAGAGUGAGGCCAACCACAUCGACGAAUACGUGUGCCCGCAGUGUCAGUCGACAGAGGACGCCAUGACGGUCUUCACGCCGCUCACUGACAAGGACUACGAUGGCCUGCGAAGAAUCCUACGCUCCUUACAGGCACAUAAAAUGGCGUGGCCAUUCCUGGAACCAGUGGAUACGAAUGACGCCCCGGACUACUACAGGGUUAUCAAGGAACCAAUGGACCUUUCCACCAUGGAGGAGAGGUUACAGAAACGCGAGUACAUCAAGCUGACAGAGUUUGUAGCAGACAUGACCAAAAUCUUCGACAACUGCCGCUACUACAACCCCAGCGACUCGCCCUUCUACCAGUGUGCCGAGGUUCUGGAGAACUUCUUUGUCCAGAAGCUCAAAGGCUUCAAAGCCAGCAGGUCACAUAACAACAAGCUGCAGUCAGCUGCCUCUUAGCUCUCUUCUAAAAAAAAAAAAAAAAAGAAAGAAA